AGAAGUCUGAAAUUGAUGUGGCGGUGCAAUAACAUCCGGUCGAGCCGCAAGCGAUCGAUCAGGCAGCAGUCGAUCGCAGGUGCUAAAACCCCAGAACUCGGCUGCUAACAGGUGUAUGCAGCGACCAUCCAAUUGAUGUUUGGCGGCUCCAGCAUGGAGAGCUUUGAGAAAUUGCGCCCAGUCGGCAGGCUGGAGCGUUAUUCGACAGCUCGACAUGACUUGAAGUUCUAUCUAGGGCCAGCAGUGACAGCCUCGUACAAGCUCCCGAAGAGCCAUUCUGAGCGACUGAAGGAGCGCAUCUACAAGGCUUUAGGGGAUGUCAUCACACGGCACCCAAUCCUCUCAUCCAUAGUUGUGGACGAACAUACCCAAGACCCACACUUCAUCCGUCUACCAGAGAUUGAUCUCGACAAAUGUGUGCAUUUCCAAGCGCGACACCUGAAUUACGAUGCGGACGCGGACGGCGAGCGAGAUGUUGAACUAGAUGAGCUCCUCAGCGCUCAGCAUGGCGUCCCAUACGAACCGCCAAGUCCCUUCUGGAGAGUAUAUAUCCUGACGAGCUCCGUUCAUCCCUCGCACUUCACCGUGUCUUUCUUCUACCACCAUGCCAUCGGCGACGGCAAUUCGGGUAUGGCAUUCCACAGGACUUUUCAUACCGCCUUGUCCCAAUCCCUCUCAAUCCCUCCCUCAGACCUAUCUUCAACGUCAAUCAUUCUCUCACCCUCGACACCCUUGCUACCUAGCCUCGAGUCCCUGCAUCCAUUACCAGUCUCAACGUGGCACCUCCUCACCAUUCUCUUCAAACACAAAAUCUGGUCCAGUCGUGAUCCCGGCCUGUGGACAGGUUUCAAGUGUACCACGCCUCUAGGACGACCAGGCGCCCGCCACCUCGCCUUCUCAGCCUCGGCCACAACGGCGUUCAAGAACAUCUGUCGCGAGAAUGACACGACCAUUACCGGGGCACUUCAGACACUGAUCGCCGGCGCGCUCUUUGCCCACCUGCCCGAGAAGUUCACCAAGGUCGCAUGUAGCGGUGCUCUUUCGGCGCGCCGAUUCUUGCCCGCGGACGCCGGGAUCACGGAUGACAGCAUGGGGGUCUGGGUGCUGGACAUGUCCGACACGUACGCACGCGACUGCUUCGUCCCACACGGCGACCCAGAGAAGGGAGUAUGCGAUCUCUUACCGUGGACCGAGGCGCAGCGCUCCCGCCAGAACAUCGAGCGCGUCUUAAGUUUGAAGGGCCACAACGCGGGUGUCGGGAUGCUCCGGUACGUGAAUGAUUAUCAGCAGGAGCUGUUUGUCUCCAAGGUCGGCAAGGACAGGGACUCGAGCUUUGAGCUGUCCAACCUGGGACUCUUCAAGCCGGCAGGGCGGGUAGAGGGCGACAGCGGGGUGGAAAUAGGGAGGAUGGUAUUCACGCAGAGCGCUGGCGUUACGGCCAGUGCUAUCGAAGUGUCGGUCGUGACGGGGGCAGAUGGUUGUUUGGUGCUGGGAGUUACAUGGCAGAAGGGCAUUGUGGAGGACGACCUUGUUGAGAACGUCAUCAAGAGUGUGAAGGAGGAGGUGAAGCGCCUGGGAGGCCACGACUAAAUCUGUACAAGAGCUAUAGAGCUUGGUCACAUAAUAUAGGCAAAUUGCACAUACAGAUAUAGAUGGGAGAGAUCAGUCCUCGAAUAAUGAUGGAAACACAGUAUAUGGC